UUUCCUACAACUCAUUUCCCUGUGCCAUACACGCAAUUCACUUAAAACUGGCAUUCCUUGGUCGGAUAUUCAGAGCAGUACCCCCCACAUUCCGCUAUUUCAGUACAACACCAGCCGUUCUACGAGGGUACCAAGUCAACACACGAGAAACAAAAAUGCUUGACGAAUUCAAAGCUUCCAUUGCUAAGCAGCUCGCUGAGCUGUCCGGCGUCUCGACAGACGUGAUUCUGCCCGCCAUUGACGUGCCCAAGGCCACCACCCACGGCGAUCUUGCCAUUGCCGUGCCGCGCCUGCGCCUGAAGGGCAACCCGGCGCAGUUCGCCAACGAGUGGGCCGAGAAGUACCAGCCUGACGAGUUUGUCACGGGCGCCGUGGCCACCGGCCCGUACCUGAACUUCCGCAUCGAGCGCAACAUGUUCACGCGCAAGGUCCUGAGCGCCGUGUACAAGGAGGGCACCAAGUAUGGCUUCAACGAGUCGGGCGAGGGCAAGCACGUCGUGGUCGAGUUCAGCUCGCCCAACAUUGCCAAGCCGUUCCACGCUGGCCAUCUGCGCAGCACCAUUAUUGGUAACUUCAUCGUCAACCUGUACCGUGCCAACGGCUGGAAGGCCACAUCGAUGAACUAUCUCGGUGACUGGGGUAAGCAGUACGGUCUGCUUGCCGUUGGCUUUGGCAAGUACGGCUCGGAGGAGAAGCUGGUUGCCGAUCCCAUCCAGCACCUGUACGAGGUGUACGUCGCCGUCAACGCCGAUGCCAAGGAGAACCCUGCCAUCGACGAUGAAGCCCGCGCCUACUUCAAGAAGAUGGAGGAUGGCGACCAGGAGACCCUCUCCCUGUGGCAGCGCUUCCGCGACCUCAGCAUUGCCAAGUACAAGGAUACGUAUGCGCGCCUUGGCCUGCAGUUUGACGUGUACUCGGGCGAGUCGCAGGUCACUGAGGGCAUGCACCGCGCCAUGAAGAUGCUCGAGGACUUUGGUCUGCUUGAGGAGUCUGAGGGCGCCAAGAUCAUCGAUCUGGAGAAGCACAAGAAGCACCUGGGCAAGGCUGUCGUGCAGAAGAAGGACGGCACCACGCUGUAUCUGACCCGUGAUAUCGGCGCUGCCCUCGAGCGCAUCGAUACCUACAACUUUGACAAGAUCGUCUAUGUCGUCUCGUCGCAGCAGGAUUUGCAUCUCAAGCAGCUGUUCAAGACGCUGGAGCUGCUCAAGGUGCCGUACGCCGACCGCUUCCAGCACAUCAACUACGGUCUGGUCAAGGGCAUGAGCACCCGCAAGGGCACUGUUGUGUUCCUCGACGACAUGCUGCGCGAGAGCGCUGAUAACAUGCACGCCGUGAUGAAGGAGAACGAGGCCAAGUAUGCCCAGGUCCCCGAGCCCGAGCAGACUGCCGCCACGCUCGGUCUGUCGGCCAUUGUGGUCCAGGACAUGUCUGCGCGCCGCAUCAAGGACUACGACUUCAACUGGGACCGCAUCCUGUCCUUUGAGGGCACCACCGGCCCGUACCUGCAGUACGCCCAUGCCCGUCUGUGCUCGAUGGAGCGCCGUGCCGCCGUCAAGGUCAACCCCGACGCCGACAUCACGCUGCUGACCGAGCCCGCCGCCCAGGAGCUCGUCGACCUCGUCUCGCGCUACCCGGACCUGCUUGCCACGACCCUCCAGCAGCUCGAGCCGUGCUCCAUUGUGCAGUACCUGUUCAAGCUUAGCCAUGCCGUGUCGGUCGCCUGGGAGUCGCUGUGGGUCCACAACCAGCCCACCGAGAUCGCCGAGGCCCGUCUGCUCAUGUACUGGAGCGCCCGUACUGUUCUGGGCAACGGCCUCACUCUGAUCGGCCUCACUCCCGUCGAGCGCAUGUAAAAAUCGUUUGGUUUUAUGUUUAUCAGUCGUUCAACCUAAAACAAGUACACUCACAGCCCUGUUUUUGUCGACUGCGUGGG